CCGAGAGUGCUUGCUGGAGGGGGCGGGGCGGGACUGACUAAGUCUGCGGCGGGUGGAGGAGGAGGAUUCGGCCGUGUGGGAGGCGCCGGCCCGCCGUACGCUCGCUCGCCCGUUCUGCAAAACCAGCACCCCCAGGGCUGCAGCAGCUCUUGGAUGCCAUCGUUAACCCACCAAUGGAGUCAUCGGAGGUGGGGCACGCACAGAGGGAGGCGCGAUGGGGGUCCCGACAGACGCCUGGAAGCGGCCUGGAAGGAAUUAAGCUGAAGUUCGCGGUGUGCGCACGCAGCCCUUACGCCGCAAGCCUCCGUUUCUGCCCAGAAGUAGAUUAUCGUGAUUUCAGUGGGGUUUCUUCCCAACGAAGUGUGUAGGAGAACGCAGCCUCGCAGUGCUUGCAAGAUGUGCGGAGGUUUCUCAUCAUGAUUGUGGACUGGCUUGGUUUUGGCUAUGCUCUAAUUGUGGCUCUUGGAGGUGCCGUAGGAUAUAUUCGCAAAGGAAGCAAAAUCUCUUUGAUUGCUGGCAUCAUCUUUGGCAUAACUGCUGGCUACGGAGCCUACUGUGUAACGCAUAACCCCAGGGAUAUAAAGAUAUCUUUAUUCACAGCUUUUCUUCUGACUACUGUAAUGGGAGUGAGGUUUAAGAGGUCCAAGAAAUUAAUGCCAGCAGGAAUCGUAGCAGGCCUAAGCCUUCUCAUGAUUCUGAGACUUGUUCUUAUGCUGGUAUGAGAGACCAAAGCAGCAAGAAGCACCACUUGUAUCAUUCCGCAGGAAGAAACCAACCUUUUCGUACUCUGAAUGUCUCUAAAUAUCAAGCACCUUUUUGUUAAUGACUACUCAAAGACAAUGUUACUCCUCAUGGAUUUUGGUCUGCAUUCUUUGUAUCAAAUUGUUUCUCUUUUAAGCAUUCCCUAAGGAUAUUUUCUUUGUGAUGUUUUGUUGACAUCUUGUUUAGGCAAGUGCAUAGCUUGUCCUUUUACUUAUGACCAUGACUUUUUUUUUUUGGUGGAGUAAGUUGCUUUCAGUGAUGCCACAGAAAUAAAUAAGAAUCCCAGGAUCUUUCAAACUCAAGUUUGUUGUACAGAUGGCACAUACUUAAAUACAUAUGCAGUCCUGCAUAAUUUUCACAUUAAGGGUAUUUCACAUGAUAGAGUGGGCAGGCAGGGGGAAGGCUGCAUAAAACUUCACACACAUCCCAUUUUUAUAUCAUAAAAAUGAUGAUUUUUAUCAUCAGUGAGCAGAAAGAGUUUUGCUCUGGGCAGCAGUAUCAAGGCAGUAUAUACACAUGACACACUGAAAGAAUUAAUGUAAUUUUUUAGAUCUCCCCCAGGCCCCCACCUCGAUAGGUUUCAAUAAAUUUUUUAAAAAGCUGCCGCAGCAGUCAUUUUCUAGCAGUAGUAGGAAAAGUUCCCCCUUUUGCCCCCUAAAGAUCACUGGUGGCAGGAUGAGGCGUGGUGGCGGUGGCUGGCUGCAGGGAUGGGGGGGGCAAGGGGGGUGCCUUUUAAAAAAAAAUCUGAGGAAAGCUGGAAACGGGCUGCAUACAGCAGAGCCCAUGCAGUCACUUGAGUGGAGGGGAGGGGAGGUGGAAGGAGCUUGCUGCCUCGCAUCCCCCCCCCACUGUACAAUGGAGGGCUUUCAGAGAUUAAAAAAGAGGGCAAAGCCCACUGUGCCCAGCCUGGCGGGGGCAGGAGGAGGAGACAGCCAUGGCCUGGGCGGGGUGCCGGGCAGUUGAGCGGUGAUGGCUAGCGCACCAGAGACUGCGCACUUCCUAGAAAUCGCUGCAUGGGGGCCUGGGAGCUUAUGCGCACACCUUAGAGGAAACAGUGCCCCCCUCUGGCCCAGAUGAGCACUCCAUGCGUAGCCCAAGCACACACGAGAUCCUGGCAGCCGAGUUAAGGGUGUGCUCACACCCUUAACUGGGUAAAAGCCGGACUUCAAAGUAAGGUUUAGCUGGGCAGAUCCCGCCGGCCCUUCGCACACGCAGCCUAACCCAGGCUAGGCUGUGUGUGAGAGAACCUUAUUGUGACAUGGAGGGAUACAAACCUAGUUGUACCUGAACCUUGAUUUAUUGAUCAUGUGAUAUUGUAUUGGACUUUUAAUAACAGAUUAGCAAUGUAUUGCUAGUCUGUAUUUGUUUCAUAAGGCACUAGAACACUUAUGUUUCUGAAACACAGUAAAGUUUCAAUUGUUUGGAAAUCUAAAAGGUAGAAACUGCCAAAACUUGACUAAUAAAAGUGUCAUCUUGAAGCCA